AUGGUGUUCGUUAUCGUGCCUACGGCGAUCAAGCGUCAAUCUCCGCUCACCUCCCGUCAGGCAAUGUCUCACGUCACCAAGAAGAUGAAGCUGUCGGACCGAGAACGCGAGAGACACAAGUACGCUGCCAUCGUGGAGGAGCGCUCGCAACCCCACAGACAGCGAGAUGAAUAUCGGCAACACAUAGAGUUGGCCAGACAACGUGUCGAAACCAGAAGGCUUCUCUUGGGGAGAUGCCAGCGAGACAUAGGUUCUGCGAAGGCCGACAUAAUGGACAUUAGGAGAAAAUGCAAAGAGAUCAGGGAAAAACGCGGCACUCUGCCUGAACGGAAGAAGUCGUGCAUCCAAGAAACCACCAAACUUCGUGCCCACAUCGAAGAUGUUCGUUCGAGGCUCGGAAAAAUUUCCGCAGAUAUCAUCGAGAAGGUCAAAGAGCGAGUCCAAGAGCUGAGGAGCAGCAUAUUCCCGAUCUCUGAAAUAAGAUCCUCGAUGAGCCAAGCGGAGGAACAAGGAGAAGAGGCAGCCGAACUUGAGGACGCCUUCUGCACAAACUACAUUCGCGGCAAAUGGGUUUAUUCGAAUCGUUCGGUCGAUGAGUCCUAUUCGAUUGGUGCUCCUCGUUUACCUGCGAACGGCGAGUACACCACACUCAUCGAUUGGGUUCACCAGAGGCAGGAUCAGAGCGUCAUGUCGCGAGACGAAAUGCAGGAGCGAGCAUUCGAAAUGGCCGCGGGUCUCAUGCAUCUCACCCAACUGGUCAAAGAGCUGGCAUUUUUCCUCGACCUCAAGUUGCCGUAUGUGUUUUGUUUCAGUGAGUUCUCCGCGGAAACUCUCACCGGGGAAGAUCUGAUGAAUAAAAUCGCACGGCUCAAUGGCAAUGUAGUUUUUAUGUGCGCGUCUCAGAACGUGGACGUCACGCUUAUCCAGAGCCAAAAAACUGUGCAGAACGUUCUGAAUAUCCUGGAUCAUUCGGACUUCCCGAGAAUUCAAGAUUUCGAGCUCAACGCUACCCUGGCGACCUCGAUGGAAGAACGCAUUUCAAAAGAUCUCCGACUGUACGACGUACAUGCCGAAUUGGAGCUCGUGGGCGACCCGCGUGCGGAGUCCCGCGAUUCCAUUGAUGAUGACGAUUACGAGUGGGAAACUGUCGCGUCGAACAGCGAAGCAUCAUCCCCAUCAAUCGAUCAGUCUUACGCAUACAGCACCACGAGCCUCACGGGUCGACCGCGCACCGCCAGUGAAAGCAUUCUGACAUCAGCGGCGGCCUUCGUUAGUUGGUUCUCGACGUCUGCGAGCCAAAGACAAGAUUGAUCCCACGCAAUUCGUCCAACUGUUAGAACCGAUUCUUUUGAUUUCCCGGAUUUUCUAGUUUCGCACUAAUCUUCCAAUAUUUCUAAAACCAUCGUUGGAGACCGAGUGAUCUAUAACGUGAUGUUUAGACGUUUAAGCGUCCGAUUUUGACUUCUCGAACAGCCCCGCACAAAUCAUAAUGAGAAGUUCCUCGCGCGUUGAUCGUUUCUCGGCAGGGAUCUCGAUUUUUUUCGUGUACAGCAAGGGGAGAGGAAUGAAACGAAUUGAACAUGUGAGCUUCGUAACCACCCGCGGAUGUAAACCCUGCAUGUAAGGACAGGGACAGUCGGCAGCGUCACCAAAUAAAACAGAGUCAACUUUGGGAGAAU